UGAACUUUGUGAUUUUAAUUUAAUUCAUUGACAACUUAUCGAUAAUAAACUGGUAACAACUACUCAUGGGCUCCUCGGAGCAACAUUUCGCUGCGAGUGUUAUACGCAUUAUAAUUGUUACAAAAUUCAUUCGAAUUGGUAUUGCGGAUAAGAACGAUAAUCCGCCAUACUUUGACAAGGCCCUAUAUGAAGCGGAAGUCGAUGAAAAUGAAGAUAUUCAACAUACGGUCCUCACCGUCACCGCCAAAGAUCACGAUGAAUCCUCGCGUAUUCGAUACGAGAUCACAAGCGGUAACAUAGGCGGUGCAUUUGCUGUAAAAAAUAUGACGGGAGCUAUUUACGUAGCUGGGGCUCUCGAUUAUGAAACACGAAAACGAUACGAGCUACGUUUAGCGGCAUCUGACAACUUAAAAGAAAACUAUACAACAGUUGUAAUCCACGUAAAAGAUGUCAAUGAUAAUCCACCAGUUUUUGAACGUCCAACAUAUCGUACACAAAUUACAGAAGAAGAUGACCGCAAUCUACCUAAACGAGUUUUACAGGUUACAGCUACCGAUGGUGACAAAGAUCGCCCACAAAACAUUGUCUACUUUUUAACUGGACAAGGUAUUGAUCCUGAUAAUCCUGCAAACAGUAAAUUUGACAUCAAUCGUACAACUGGUGAAAUAUUUGUGCUUAAGCCUUUAGACAGAGAUCAACCCAAUGGAAGACCUCAAUGGAGAUUCACAGUAUUCGCUCAAGAUGAAGGUGGUGAAGGUCUUGUAGGAUAUGCUGAUGUUCAAGUAAAUCUGAAAGAUAUUAAUGACAAUGCACCAAUCUUCCCACAAGGUGUGUACUUUGGCAAUGUAACAGAAAACGGUACAGCUGGUAUGGUUGUAAUGACUAUGACAGCCGUGGAUUACGAUGAUCCAUCAGAAGGAACAAAUGCACGCUUAGUAUAUUCUAUAGAGAAGAAUGUUAUUGAAGAAGAAACCGGAUCACCAAUAUUCGAAAUUGAAUCAGAGACAGGUGUAAUCAAAACAGCUGUAUGUUGUUUAGAUCGUGAACGUACACCGGACUAUUCUAUACAAGUUGUUGCAAUGGAUGGCGGGGGGUUAAAGGGGACGGGGACGGCCUCUAUACGUGUUAAAGAUAUAAAUGAUAUGCCACCACAGUUUACAAAAGACGAGUGGUUCACGGAAGUAGAUGAAACAGAUGGUGUUAAUUUACCAGAAAUGCCAAUAUUAACUGUAACCGUGCAUGAUGAAGAUGAAACAAAUAAAUUUCAAUAUAAAGUUAUUGAGAAUAGUGGUUAUGGUGCUGAUAAAUUUACAAUGGUACGUAACAAUGACGGAACUGGAUCAUUAAAAAUAGUUCAACCAUUAGAUUAUGAAGAUCAAUUACAAAGUAAUGGUUUCCGUUUUCGUAUACAAGUAAAUGAUAAAGGUGAAGACAACGAUAAUGACAAAUACCAUGUCGCAUAUUCAUGGGUUGUUGUGAAACUGCGUGAUAUUAAUGAUAAUAAACCACAAUUCGAACGUCCAAAUAUAGAAGUAAGUGUUUAUGAAAAUGCAGAAGUUGGUAAAAGCUUGGAAACAUUUAAAGCAACUGAUCCAGAUCAAGGUGGUAAAAGUCGUGUAUCGUAUGCAAUAGAUAGGACGUCUGAUCGAAAACGACAAUUUAGUAUUAAUCAAGAAGGUACAGUUAGUAUACAACGAUCAUUGGAUCGAGAGGAAACGCCUAGACAUCAAGUUAAAAUAUUGGCAAUUGAUGAUGGUGUGCCACCAAAAACUGCAACAGCCACUUUAACCGUUAUUGUUCAAGAUAUUAACGAUAAUGCGCCUACAUUCUUAAAAGAUUAUAAUCCUGUUUUACCAGAACAUGUUCCACCUAGAAAAGUAGUUGAAAUUUUAGCCACCGAUGAUGAUGAUCGUUCGAAAAGUAAUGGUCCACCAUUCCAGUUUCGUUUGGACCCUGGUGCAGAUGAUAUUAUUCGAUCUUCUUUCAAAGUAGAACAAGAUCAAAAGGGAGCUAAUGGAGAUGGAAUGGCAAUUGUAUCAUCCUUACGUUCAUUUGAUAGAGAACAACAAAAAGAAUAUCUGAUUCCAAUUGUGAUUAAGGAUCAUGGCAAUCCGGCAAUGACUGGCACGAGUACACUAACUGUAGUUAUAGGUGAUGUAAAUGACAAUAAAAUGCAACCAGGUUCGAAAGAAAUAUUCGCGUAUAAUUAUCAAGGUUUAGCACCAGAUACAGAAAUAGGCCGUGUUUACGUAUAUGAUUUAGAUGAUUGGGAUCUACCUGAUAAGAAAUUCUAUUGGGAAGGCACAGAGCAUCCAAACUUUAAGCUGAAUGAAGAUACUGGUAUGAUUACCAUGAGGCAUGGUACACGCGAUGGUAGAUAUCACUUACGUUUUAAAGUUUACGAUCGUAAACAUACACAAAAUGAUGUACCCGCAAAUGUAACAGUCACAGUACGAGAAAUACCGCACGAAGCGGUAAUAAAAUCGGGCUCAGUGCGUAUUGCUGACAUAACGGACGAAGAUUUUAUACGAGUAUGGAAUUACCAAACACAAAGUUUGUCACGUAGCAAAGCAGAUCGUUUUAAGGACAAAAUUGCUGAUUUAUUAGGCACAGAUCGUGAUAAUGUUGAUGUGUUUAGUGUACAGUUAAGACGUAAGAAUCCUCCAGUUACUGAUGUUAGAUUUGCAGCACAUGGCUCUCCGUACUACAAACCUGUGCGAUUGAAUGGUAUUGUGUUAAUGCAUCGCGAAGAAAUUGAAAAAGAUGUCGGGAUAAAUAUAACAAUGGUUGGAAUUGAUGAAUGUUUAUACGAGAAUCAAAACUGUGAAGGCUCAUGUACAAAUAUUUUAGAUAUAAGUCAGUUACCGUAUAUGGUUAAUGCAAAUAAAACGGCUUUAGUUGGCGUUCGUGUAGAUGUGAUAGCAGAAUGUACUUGUGGUGCCAGAAACUUUAGUCGUGAAGAAUCUUGUCAUAACAAUUUAUGCCACAAUGGAGGACGCUGUAUAGAAGGACGUUAUGGUCCAAUAUGCCAAUGUCCAGCAGGAUACUCAGGUCCAAGAUGCCAACAAACAUCUAGAAGUUUCCGCGGUAAUGGAUGGGCAUGGUAUCCGCCGUUAGAAAUGUGUGAUAAUUCACAUUUAAGUUUCGAAUUUAUUACUAGAAAAUCUGAUGGGUUAUUAUUGUACAACGGUCCUAUUGUUCCUCCUGAACAAGAUGAAAUAAUGGUAUCCGAUUUUAUUGCAAUUGAACUAGAACGUGGAUAUCCUAGAUUGUUGAUAGAUUUUGGGUCAGGUACCUUAGAAUUAAAAGUAACAAAGAAAAGCUUAGAUGAUGGAGAAUGGCAUCGAUUAGAUAUAUUUUGGGAUACAGAAAAUGUACGAAUGGUUGUGGAUCAUUGUAAAACUGCAGAAAUAUCUGAACUAGAAGAUGGUACUCCACCUGAAUUUGAUGAUUCAAGCUGUCAAGCACAUGGUACAGUGCCGCCAUUCAAUGAAUACUUGAAUGUGAAUGCACCGUUACAAAUUGGUGGGUUAUAUGUAGAACAGUUUGAUCCGACUCACUACCAUUGGCAAUAUAUGCCUGUAGGUAGAGGAUUUGAUGGAUGUAUUAAGAAUUUAUUCCAUAAUUCAAAACUGUACGAUUUAGCUCACCCAGGUUUAAGUAGGCAUAGUUUCGCAGGCUGUCCACAAACCGAAGAAUUAUGUCUCAGUACUGAAUCUACUUCCAGAUGUUAUGAACAUGGCACAUGUGUUGGAAGUUUUACAGAAGCCCGUUGCCAAUGUCGACCUGGUUGGACUGGCCCAGCUUGUGCAACCCCGACAAUUCCUACAACCUUCAAACCACAAUCAUAUGUUAAAUAUGCUUUAAGUUUUGAACCAGACAGAUUUUCUACGCAAAUUCAAUUGCGAUUCAGAACACGAGAGCAACAUGGAGAACUUUUCCGCGUUAGUGAUCAACAUAAUAGAGAAUAUGCUAUAUUAGAGAUUAAGGAUAGUAGAUUACAUUUUCGAUAUAAUUUAAAUUCACUAAGAACGGAAGAAAAAGAUAUUUGGCUAAAUGCAGUUGCCGUAGACGAUGGUCAAUGGCAUGUGGCAAGAGUUAGCCGAUAUGGAUCUGUUGCCACAUUAGAAUUAGAUGGAGGCGAAGGGCGAAGAUUCAACGAAACAUUUAGUUUUAAUGGUCACCAGUGGCUUUUAGUUGAUAAACAGGAAGGUGUAUAUGCUGGAGGAAAAGCGGAGUAUACAGGUGUUCGUACAUUUGAAGUAUAUGCUGAUUACCAAAAAGGUUGUUUAGAUGAUAUUCGAUUGGAAGGCAAACAUUUACCUCUACCACCAGCAAUGAAUGGUACACAAUGGGGACAGGCGACAAUGGCUAGAAACUUAGAUCGGUUUUGUCCAUCAAAUAAACCAUGUGCAAAUGUUCUCUGUCCUGAACCGUUUGAGUGUGUUGACCUCUGGAAUGAAUAUGAAUGCACUUGUGGAGAAGGGCGAGUGGUAUCACAAGAUUCAAAAGGUUGUACCGACAAGAAUGAAUGCUUAGACAUGCCAUGUCUAAAUGGUGGUACUUGUAUUAAUCAGGAGCCUCGGUUGCGCUAUCGUUGUAUUUGUCCUGAUGGCUUCUGGGGAGAAAAUUGUGAACUGGUUCAAGAAGGCCAAACUUUAAAAUUAAGCAUGGGUGCUUUAGCAGCCAUCUUAGUUUGUCUACUGAUAAUUCUUGUUUUGGUUUUGGUAUUCGUCGUUUAUAAUCGAAGAAGGGAAGCACAUAUUAAAUAUCCAGGACCCGACGAUGAUGUACGUGAAAAUAUUAUUAACUACGACGAUGAAGGAGGCGGCGAAGAUGACAUGACGGCGUUUGAUAUCACACCUCUUCAAAUACCAAUAGGCGGUCCAUUACCGGAAUUAGCUCCAGCUAAACUACCAUAUCCGAUAAUUGGAAUUGGUCAAGAGCCAAAUGUUGGUGUUUUUAUUGAAGAACAUAAAAAACGAGCUGACAGUGAUCCAAACGCACCACCAUUUGACGAUUUGAGAAAUUACGCUUAUGAAGGAGGCGGCAGUACAGCGGGAUCAUUAAGCUCCUUAGCUUCAGGUACUGACGAUGAACAACAAGAGUACGAUUAUUUAGGUACGUGGGGUCCACGGUUUGAUAAAUUAGCGAACAUGUAUGGCCCAAGUGAAGAACAAGAAGUAGAAGAAGAACCUUGAAUUUUUAAAUAAAAUAUUUAAAAAAAACUUAAUACACUUAAAUAUAAAUAAUGAUAAUAUUUCAGUUUUUUGAAGAAAAAAAAAUCUCACAAAUUUAUUACGACCAUAAGAAUACGAAAUAAAAUCCUCACAGAUGACUAAAAUACACAACAAAAAACGACAAACUAAAGUCAAUUUUACCGAAUAAUAUUUUGUUAAUUAUAAAUAUACGUCUUUAAAUACUUUUUGUAAGUAAAAUUAAUGUCUUCUCACUUAAUAAUUUAUUUAUUUAUAUUUCAUAUUGCAAGUAUACCUUAAUUUCACUGAAUCUGAAAAAAAUCUUUUUACUCACAAAAUCUUUUUGAACUUAAAUAUUUCACUUUAUUAUUUUUACGUAUAAGGUAACAUUAAGAAACUGUUUAUUUCGAUGGCUACAAUUCGUUAAAUUUUGUGUUGAACUGUAUUUAUGUCGGCCUGCACGGUGUAAAAUAUUAAGCAAUUUUAAUCUGCAUGAAAAUUAAUUUACAUUAUCAAAUAGUAUGCAGCCAGGAUUUUUGUUAAAUGUUUGGGUUUUUCCAAUUAACCAGACAAGUAAUCAACUGCGCAUACUCGUCGAUUUUUAUAAUUAGCUCGUUUUGUCGCAUUGAAUUGAUUGUAUAUUUUAUGGGCCCCGAGUAGAAAUUUUGGCUGCCAUUACGCGUAAAAAUCAACUAAACAGAAACGCGUUUGAAGCGUAUAAAUUAAGUACCUAAAUCGUCGAUUUUAAUUGUUUAGAAGAUGACGCGCUUUUUUGUGUUAAGCAAGUCCAUUUGAAAAACUUUACGAUAUGUAAACAUACAGUCAUUUAAUUUUAAUUGAUUUAUUCAGAGCAAACCACUUACAAACUUGUGCCUAGUAACGUGCUUUAAAAUCAAUUACUUUUUAGGACUUAACAAAGAACGAUCUACAAGGUGCGAGGUUUUUAAGUAACUAAAUCUAGGCUAAUUUUUAAAUUAAAAUUAAGGGACAGUACAUUUACGUGAUUCAAUUACUGCUGCCUAUGCUUUUAGAAUAAAAGCAUUUCCACUUCCUCUUUUCACUUUCGACUGAAAUUGAAUGAUAAAUUUUCGGUAAAACUUUGUCUUUCUCACUUUUCUGAAUCAUUAACUUCGUUCGCAUCGCUAAAAACAGAUGGAAAAAUUUUGUAAUAAGUUUUUGGUUGUGGCUUCUAUAUCGUAAGCACCAAAGACUUUAAAUACAGAACCGUGUUAUUUGCAUUUUACAGUUUUAAAUUACUGGCUGAAAAAGUAAUAAAGUCCAAUCGUUCAUCUCGAAAGAAUGGAAGAGACAGAUAUCGGCCACAAAUUGAAUUUUUUGGAAUCACUUUUAUUAGACUAUGCAUGCUACUUGGCAAUACAUUUUCAUACGGAGUUAAAUAAACAAGUUUAAAUUAACUCAAAUCAUCAGAUUUUUUAAAUUUGUAAGCUGGGUUUAAUUUAUAUUUCCAACGAAAACGAAGCCAUCGGAAAAAUAGCAAAAUCAUUGGCGCACCUAUUCCAAAAGACUACGAAUUCUAAAUUCAUAAAAUACAUACGACUUUAGUCUUUUCAUCAAGUUCGUAACUUUUCAAAAGCAAAGGCACAUUGAACACUUUUUUACAAUAAAAUUUUAUAUCGUAAUUAUGUUGAGCAUUAAUUUGUGAAAAUAUGGGUUCAAUAAAUAAAUCUAAGUAAUUUUUUGAAAAUAUACACUUUAUUUGUAAAUACUUAAAUCACACAAACACCUAUU